AUGCGGGUUCGAACAUUUAGUGGGAGUAUGAACUACUACUCAACCUUUAUUUUUCUUGUGUUUUUUGGGAUCGUGUUGAAAGUCCAUGCCGGUCAUGAUAAGGCUAUGUAUGUCAAGCUUUCGGAUGAUCCUGUGUUUCAUAACAGCUACGGGGCAUGUGACGACCAAAUUCUCAACGAUAAUUUUGACAACAUGUGGAAUGACGCUAUUGCAAUGGCCACAGCAGCAGUUCAGGCAAUUGACCAGGUCCAAGGUACAAAAAUGAAUUGGCUCCCAACCUCCAAAAACCUCCGUAUUGCCAGAGCACUCAAAACGAUGUUUGGGAUCGAAGUUGGUGGAUUUCGUUCGAUGUCCACCACUGCUGCCCAGAACAUGGCCUUUGUCCGUGGUAAGUCCUCCAGACUCAUCUUAUCUUUUGUUUCUCAUUAUUUCAUACUGACGACGCUCACUCUUAUUAGCCACGUACCAAAGUAUGAUCGACUUUUCUUCCGAAGAUAA